CACGUCAGCAUGGGGGCCCCGUGCCCCGUCCACGUCAUCCCCCCGUUCGAAAUUCAAAACGCUCCCCCACGCGACGCGUGUCCUAUAAGACGCCGACGGUUGCUCCGUCCGUUGGGCCGCCCGCCUCGCCUCGUCUCGGGGAGCCGCCUCGCCUCGCCGCGGCGUCGGCGCAAGCAAGCGAGCACGGCGGCUAGGGUUUCGCCGAGGUGGUGACGGGCAGCCCGCCGCGCGCUCGCCAGGUGUUCGACGGAAGUCGGGGGCGCCCCGGGACCGGCCCGGCCGAUGCCGAGCGGCGGGAGGCGGCUGCCGCCGUGGACGUCGCCGCGGAGCGCGGGGGCGGGGGCGGGGGCGCCGAGGUGGAGCCCCGCUGCUGGCACCCCCGCGGGCGCGGGCGGCCCGGGCUCGGGCUACGGGACGUCUCCCGUGAGCGCGGGGGGCUGCUUCGGCACGCGCGUCACGCCGCCGACGAGCGGGGGAGGGGGCGCGCGCGUGACGCCGCCGUCGGCCCGGGGGUGCUCGUCGCGGCCGCCGAGGCCGCCGCCUUCCCUGGACUCGCCCUACGUGCGGGCAAAGCAGGCGCAGGUAAUUGAAAAGGACCCAAACAAGGCAAUUCCAUUGUUCUGGGCUGCUAUAAACAGUGGUGACCGGAUUGAGAGUGCAUUGAAAGAUAUGGCCAACGUACUGAAACAAGCAAAUAGGGCUGAAGAAGCCAUUGAGGCAAUAAGAUCCUUUCGUGAUCGUUGUCCCUAUGAAGCUCAGGAGUCCCUUGACAAUAUUCUUCUUGACCUGUACAAGAAAUGUGGUAGGACAGAAGAGCAGAUUGAGAUGUUGACGAUAAAGCUGAGAAUUGUUGAUGAGGAGCUAGCUUCUGGCCGGUGGAAAACAAAACAGUCUAAAUCUCAUGGAAGGGUAGUAUACCUUUCUCUCAGAGAUGAAAAAGCAAGGUUACUGGGGAACCUUGCAUGGGCCUAUAUGCAGUCUGAAAAUUACGAGGAAGCAGAAAUGCUCUACAGGCAAGCUCUUGCUGUAGAAGCUGACUACAACAAAGAGUGUAACUUAGCCAUCUGUUUGAUGAAGACUGGAAAGUUGGCUGAAGCUAAAUACCUGCUCCAAGCUAUACCAUACAACUGCAACGAUGAAAGUCAUGUGAAAUCUCUUUCCCGGGCCACUGAAAUGCUUAGGGAACUUGAGUUGCAAUCACUCCCUUCUCCCAUAACUCAGAUGAAGUCUAAAGAAUCACGGAUUUUACUUGCUGCUGGUGUGAAGAUGCUUGAAGAUCCACAGCCACAAAUACUAUCAACACCUUUGAGUCUACUGAAAUGUAAAGAACCACAUAUUUCAGUUUCAGCAAAUGCAGAGGAGCAUGAGAAUUGCAGUUCAUGGCUUCCAUCUCCCAUAACUCAGUUGAAGCGCGAAGAACCACAAAUUUUGGUUAUUGCUGAGGCAGAAAAGAAUGAAGGCUGUGCAGAGUUCCAAGAUCUUUCUCGACUGUUCAAUGAUGCUGCUACACCUCAUUCAAUACUUGAGAAACUAAGAAAGCAGCUAGUUAAAGAGGCAUCAAAAAAUAGCAUUCAUGAUCAGAUUCAGACUCCUACAGCAACUGAAUGCUUGCCCAACUCUGAUGGAAAUCAAGAUGCUAGUGAGAAUCCUGUGCAAGGGGGCAAGCAAAUGACUGAAGGGGUUAGAAAAACAUGGGCUGACAUGGUGGACGAGGAGGAACAGCAAUUGGGUGAGGACAAGUCAUGGGCUGACACGGUAGCUAAGGAUGAACAUCAAUUGGAUGAUGACAAGUUAACAGUGGGUGUGGGCACUACUGAGCAAACUGAAAGCAGCAAACAUGCAAGUAAGCAGGAGUGCAGAAUACCACCAUCCUGUCAAGGAAGCAGCACCCUCCACAGACCAGUCUUGGGUGGUCACCAACAAGGCUCUUCAGCAAAUUCAUGGAGACGCAGCGACUCCAAAAUCUCAAGGGAUAACAGAGUGAACUGGGAUCUUGUCAGGACCGCUCCAACAUGGAGCAAGCAUAAGUUACAAGAUCACAGCGACCGAGUUUGCCAAAGGCCUAACACAGCUCAUUUUAACGAGAACACCUCAGGCAGCAAACAAGCACCAUGGAGAAGUAGUGCAUCUCAGCGUGCGCUUUUUCCUGACUGGAACUCAAAGGGUGAAGGAUAUAGCCAUGGUUGUAUGCCGUUUGGUGAUAAUGAGCACUCUCAGGGUUCUGGUUGUACUGAGGCCUCUCGUCGGUGGCAUAAUAACGUGGCAGGUACAGUGACAUGGAGGCCACAGAACCGUCUGCGGGUCUUCCAGGAAAUCACAAAUGAGAUCAACCAAAAUGUUGUGUAACUAUAUAUGUCCAGUGUUCCUUGCUGUUGGUGGAAGUUCUUCUUUCCAUUAGCAUGUUGUUUGAACUAUAGAGGGAUUGGUGAAAUCUGAAAUGGUUCGUUUCUUUUUUGGAUUCAGAUCUAGAGAAUACUCUCGAAAUGUCAUCACAGCCCAUCAUUCGUACUCCUAGCUAGUCGACGAAUCAUACCGCGAUCAUCAUAGCUGUAUAUAUUUUCCUUGUCACUAUUGUGGCAAAGCAUCUGUAAAAACUGGUGACCUGGUUACCAAUUUCUCACAGUAGCCACUGUUUUUAGCGACUGAGAAUCUUUUCCUCC